ACUAUUUUCAGUGGUGUGACAAAGACUCUGAGAAGGACCUAGCGUGGUGGUGUGGGUUGUUGCCUCAACACGACGGAGGUGUGCGUCAGCCCGGAGUUGUUGUUGGAGGUAAAAGGGUUGUAAUCAAGCAGGGCAGGAGGCCGAAAAAGUGGUGUCAGUGUUGUGAAAAAUCAUCUGAGAAAGAAUUGGAGGUGGAGUUGCUCGUUGCCACAACACAACGGAGGUGUGUGUCGUCGGUGGCGAAAGAAGUGCCAGAUGAGUGUCGAAAUAAGCCAGCAUGUUGUUGUUGCUUCCACGAGAGUAUUUUUAAAUGCGGUUCUUAGUGAGACAACUUGGUGGAUGGUCGUGGGGUAGUGAUGUUCGAAAUGGGUCAUGUAGCGGAACAGUGCCAGAAUUCGAGACUGGAGGUGUUGAGCCAGUAGAUGGCCUUGGUGGAAGUGGUGAAUGGCAUUGCGACACAUUGGAAAGUUCGCUGGAUAUUGGAAUGGAAGCGGAAUAGCAGGAGGGAGAACCGUUGGAGGAUCGCGAUGAAGAAGAUAAUGGCAUCUCUGAACCAGUCAUGUACAGUAUUGUAGAGAUAUUGGAAAUGGAAUUCAACAACCCUGAUGAGGCAUCCGGUUUCUAUCAACAAUAUAUCUGGGCGAAGGGUUUUGCCAUGAGGCAGGGAAAGAAACUGAAAAAUAAGAAGGGGGAAAUAGUUUGGUACACGUAUUUAUGCAACAGAGAAGGUUUCAGAGACAAAAAAUGGCUAGAGAUGCAGGAUCGAAAGCGGGAGCACAAGGUUGUCAGACGAUGUCGGUGUUUGGCAGAAAUGAGGAUAAAGCCGAAAAGUGACAGCGGGAUUUGGUACGUUUCACGCUUCGUAGAUGACCAUAACCAUGAUGUUCUACCUGCAAAUUUUGUGCCAUACCUGCCUUCGUAUCGGAAGAUUUCUGAUGUCAAUCUAGCCUAUAUGGACAGCUUAAGGCAAGUUGGGAUUUCUAUUCCAAAAAUAUAUGAGUCAAUUGCUGCACAGGCAGGUGGAUUUAACCUUGUUCCUUUCACAAAGAGAGAUAUGUAUAAUGAGAUUAGGAGGCAACGUGCCUUAAGGAAUGGUGAUGUGAAUGCGCCUCUAAGGUUUUUUGAGAGAUGUGCAAGGGGGGAUGAGAAGAUGUUCUGGAGGUUUGAAGUUGGGCCAGACCAACAUAUGUGUGACCUUUUUUGGAGCGACGGGCGUAGCCAGAAUGAUUACAAGAUCUUUGGUGAUGUUCUUGCCUUUGAUGCGACAUAUGGUCGAAACAAGUACAAUCUACCAAUUGUUGUGUUUUCCGGGGUCAACCACCACAACCAGACAUGCGUGUUUGCCACGGCCAUGGUCUCGUGCGAAUCUCAAGCGUCGUAUGUUUGAGUGUUGAGAAAGUUUUUGGAAUGCAUGGGUGGUAAAGCUCCUAAGGCGGUAAUAACUGAUGGGGAUCGAUCCAUGCGCUUAGCCAUUCAAGAAGUAUUUCCUGAAGCUCAUCAUCGGUUGUGUGCAUGGCACCUACUGAGGAAUGCAACCGUGAAUGUGUGCAAGCCGCGGUUCACAAUACUUAUGAGAAGUUGUAUGUUGGCUGACAUAGAAGUUGAAGAGUUUGAGAAGCAAUGGGAGGUGAUGGUGGAGGAGUGCAGGGUCAGAGAAGUCGAGUGGGUUAAGGUUUUGUACAAGAAGAAGUUAUCAUGGACCACCGCGUACAUUCGUGGGUGUUUUUUUGCCGGCCUAAGGACAACAUCCCGUUGUGAGUUAUCGCAUGCAAAGUUAGGGCGGUUUGUGGAGAGUCGGUAUGGGAUCUUGGAGUUUGUAACAAACUUCCAGCGCUGUGUGGAUUUUCUAAGAGAUAACGAGGAGGAGCUUGAUUUUUGAUCGUUGUAUGGGACCCCUGUUCUUUAGACUCAGUUCCCGGAGUUGGAAAAAUCUGGUGCAGUUAAUUACACGAGGAAAAUAUAUUUUCGUUACCGUGAGUCCUUUAAGAAAUGCGUUCGUACGAUAAUAUUGGAGUGCAAGCAGAUGGAGGAAAAAUCUGUUUACGUAACACAAAAGUAUUGUAGG